GACACUUAGUUUCGUAAAUCCAAAAUUCGUACAGGAUGUUUUCUAUAGAAUCCUCAAGAACCUUACAGCCGCAGCCCCCGAAAUGUCCAUGUCACCUGCCAGAUCGCGGGGACUGUGGUGACCAGAACAAGAACCUGCAUGACGAGUACCACCAAUUGGACAUUGAAGACGUCACCGACAGUGUAAUGAAGGUGAUGAGGAUCUGUGGACUCCGACCCUGGGAGGUUAAACGAAGUGUGGGGGUCAUCAAGCGGUCCCUCCAGCACUACGAAGAGGUCAUUCAAAGGAUCGAUCGAGUGCCCCGAAAGCGAUUCGCCAAGGAAAGUUUCCUGCACGGACUUGCCCACGAGGCCAAGAUGUCCCGGAUGGACGCCCAGAUGGCCUACGCUAUAGUAAAAAGAGCAUUCAAGGCCUUCUACUACGGAACGGGACUCGAGGGUCGUCGCUAUAUGUGCCUGCAGGAUAAGUUGGCCCAUGAUGUGGAGUGUCUGUGGUUGCAUGCCGCUCAACGCACGGCCCAGAUCCAUGCCGUUCUCGCCGGACACAUGUACUCCGAGGAGCUGCUGUUCGAGGAGCGGAUCGAGUGCGUCUACAAAAGUCUGUACGAUGUCCUGAAGUCGCGUUUCGUGUGGGCGGACAACUUGAUCUGCACAUGUGGUCAGACCGCGACUAACUUAUCCCGUGUGCCCUCCAUCGCGGCCUCUUCGAUGACUGGCCAGAUGGAGGUGCUGUAUGCCAAGCAGAAUAUGAACCCAAGUAGUUUUCCCUCGAAGACCUCCACCCGGGUGGCGACUCAAAAAGCCUCGGCUGUUGUCAGCUCGGUCUCAUCGCGGCACAAUUACAGCCUGAAGAGGGGAGAGCAGAUGUCCAAUAAGCGGACUCCAGUGAGCGGCAGUAGCACUACCUCCGCCAGCCAGCCCAAGUGCACUUGCCCGCGCCUGCAAUGUUGCCGGGAAUUCGGUGAGGCCAGGGAGGCGCCGGAUAUUACGGCGGAAUGCAGUCAGGGACCUUACAUCUGCAGAUGGUUGCCUUUCACCGAAGAAGACGAUGAGUUCGCCGAACAUCAUGUACCCUUCCCACCCUUGGUUGAGAUUUGUCCGCCCUGUCGCAAGGACGAUCUAUCCUGCGACUCGGAAUGCACUUGCACCUGCCAAGUUUGUACCUGCCGCCCGGCCUUCGAUGAUGGUCCAGGUGAGGAGGAGAAUCUGAAUGAAAAUCUAUCCAAAACUGGACUUGAGGAUCAGGACACCGACUUCUGCUGGGUAGGACCCUUCCGGGGUAGCAGUGUUGAAAGAAUGGCCAAGCUGAGAGAAAAGCAUAAGCUUUCCGAGGUGGAGGAAGAGCAUGAGGAGGUUGACGAGGAAGAGAAGUUCCUGCGCGGCUGCACCUGUGAAUACAAGCAACAUGCCUUCCCGCACCUAUUCACCUACCUGACACCAUUUGGGAUCAAAAAGGAGGAUAAGCAAAAGCCCCAGUCAGUGGUGGAGAAGGUGAAGCAGAAGGAGGAGAGUGAAAGUGAAAGUGAGGAUCUGCUUUCGAAGCCACCGCCCCAUGGCGUAUCCUUGGCCACCUACCGUUGCUGGGUAAAGCCUCCUUCAAGCAGCCAUUCCAGUGAUAUGGUCAAGCCACCAGUUCUGUUGGUUAUGGGUGAGAAGACCAAGGAAAAAUUUCAAAUAACGAUCAAGGAACAACAUCAUUCCAAUGAGGCCAAGACUGCUCCACCAGGAGGGCCACUGCCCAAGGCUCCGGUCUUACCCAACAAACCAGCUCCUACUCCGGCUCCCGCUAAGCCGCCUGCUCCAGUUCCCUCUGCCCCUGCCAAGACUGAAGAUGAUAAGCUCACCAAGGAGGACAUCUUGGAUAUUAUAGGUUUGAGAGUGAGAUAGGGUUUUCCGCACACUAUCUAAUAUGAAAUCCGUGAAUGUGGCACAGUUAAUGUUUAUUAAAUUCUUGAAACUUCCAAA